AUGUGUAUGGUUAUAUUUGCUCCGAUUUUCGCCAUCUGUGCUUUUGCAACAUGUGGAGGAUACAAUGGUCAUCUCCAGGUUAAAGUGGACUGUGCAGACAGGAGGCAGAGUAACUUAAGCAUCAACAUUGAGUUUGGUUAUCCUUUCAGAUUACAACAAGUGCACUUCAAAGCUCCCUUGUGUGAGGCGAAAAGAGAAGAGAUUCUUUUCCUGGAUGGCGACUUUUCUUCAGCUGCUCAGUUUUUUCUGACUGUCGGUGUUUUUGCUUUCCUGUACUCUCUGCUGGCAACUAUUGUCUAUGUCUUCUACCAGAACAAGUACCUGAAGAACAACAGAGGCCCCCUUGUGGAUUUUGUUGUUACAGCCAUCUUCUCCAUCAUGUGGCUGGUCAGUAGUUGUUGUUGGGCCAAAACUCUUUCUGAGAUCAAGACGGCCACAAACCCAACACAGGUGCUUCUGCUCAUCUCAGCCUGCAGAGCUCAGGAAAACAAAUGCACGGCUACCCAGGAGCCUCUCUGGUCACGUCUCAAUACAUCUGCGGUUUUUGGUUUCGUUAAUGUAGUCCUCUGGGUUGGAAAUAUUUGGUUUGUCUUCAAAGAGACAGGCUGGUACAAGACAGGUCAGAGAUACCCCACCAGGAGUGCUUCUGGGAAACGUUCCAGUGAAAUGCGUCAGCGGCUCUACAGCGAGAGCAGCUUCGACCAGCCAGAGGAGAGUUUUGGUCCGCAACCCCCCAGACAAGGCAGUUUCAGUCAGUCCAAGGGGGGGUUUGGUCAGCAGGUCCAGAGACAAGCUAGCCUCAACCAGUCACAAGUAAGCUUUAGCUUACCGCAGACAUACCUUGGUAAACAGGUCAUUUAUGACAGGGAGAUUAAAGUGGCCUCUCAAGGGCCGAUGAUAUUUGUCAAUGAGAUGUGAUUUUGACAAGGUGUUUGACAAUGUUGUACACAGUGACCAGAAUAAAAAUGCUUUAUUGUUAUUUUCAAUCUGAUUAUUAACUGAAUAUAAAAAGAAAACGCAGACAGUAUCUGUUUGACAUAAAUAAUGUUCAUAAUGUAACAAAUAUGUUUUUUUCUUUGUUUUUGCUUAUUCCCUCUGGAUAAAUUGAUGUACUUGGAGUUGAGGACUCCCACUUGAUGAUGAAGUAUGAAAUGAAGAAAUCUAAAGCCAUACAAUUAUUACUAAAGGCCCUGAGAGUAUUUGAUCUGCUUUUUUAAAAUGAUUAUUUUAGAAGAUGAUCUUUGGCAAUAAGCAGAUAUUGCUGCGGACUUUUUGUUCCGUACAUAUCAGUGAUCACUUGUGAGUUACAGUGUGUGGUCAGUGCACUCAAAACAAUACAAAAAGGAGAAGGAAAAAAGAAAUAUAAUAAUGAUAAGUUGAUGUAAUAUUGUGUGUCCGGUGCUGGUUUUGCCAUCAGCCAUUAAGAACAUGGAAGGAUGAAAAUCAUUAUAGAUUAAUAUUUACCGAUAUGAAGUAGCAUUUAUGCAAUCAAUCC